AUGGCCGUAGACGCUCUGCCAUUCUCCUGGCAGCCCCAAGAGCUCGCGCCGCCCGCGCACGCUUUUGCGCCGCCUGCCUGCGCGCGGGGCUCUGCGCUGCUGUCCGGGCCAAUCCCUCCCCCAGGCCACCGCAAGCCCGGGUCCCUCUCCGGUCCGCUCCCGGCCCGGGGACACACCACGCCCCCCUCCCUGACCACCCCAACACGCCUCGCCCGCUCGCGCGCCCCAACAGCGCCUGGCCAUUCAGACGGCAGCCGGCACUCGGGCCCGCAACACACCAACGGGCUGGCCGGACCGCCCGCCCCUUCUUCCAAACUGCCCCGGCCCCGGCCCCGGCCCAAGACACGCUCUGCCCCGUGCGUCCUCUUCAGCCUGUCCCUAGCGCGUCCGCGUGCCCACGCACACCUCGUCUUCUGCCCCCUUCGCCUGGGGGCUCCGGCUCGGCAGGGCCCUUCCUGGCCCUUUCCUUGGCUCCCCAGCGCCAAGCUUCCGCUUGCCAGAGACGCUCCGCGUGCCAGCCCCCUCAAACGGGGGAAGCCAUACCGAAAGAAAACCCAAGAAGCACACGGCGAAGAAGCGACUGGACUGCUGUUCAGUGGAGAGCGUGCGGGGAGGGUCUUGGUGGCAACCCCAAGAGCUCGCGCCGCCCGCGCACGCUUUUGCGCCGCCUGCCUGCGCGCGGGCUCUGCGCUGCUGUCCGGCCAAUCCCUCCCCCAGGCCACCGCAAGCCCGGGUCCCUCUCCGGUCCGCUCCCGGCCGGGGACACACCACGCCCCCCUCCCUGACCACCCCAACACGCCUCGCCCGCUCGCGCGCCCCAACAGCGCCUGGCCAUUCAGACGGCAGCCGGCACUCGGGCCCGCAACACACCAACGGGCUGGCCGGACCGCCCGCCCCUUCUUCCAAACUGCCCCGGCCCCGGCCCCGGCCCAAGACACGCCGAUGCUGCCUGCACCCCAAGCUCGCCAUCUAGGCUGGCCAGGGCCCAGCGCGCAGCGCUCAGCAGGGAGCGCGGAGCCUGCCCCCGCGUGCCGGGCCAGCGGUCCCGGCGCUCUCUCAAGCUCUCCUCUGCGGGCCGCGCCACGCCCGGGUCCCACUCCCGCGCGAGCCAACACGCUGCUCGUCCCCAGCUCUGGGCACUUCCCGGUGCAACUUCUUGCCCGCCUGUGCAACGCUCUGCCUGCUCCGGGGAGCCUCCUGCCUCCUUUGGCUUCCUCCAAGGGCCACCGAACAGCCCACCUUCCUCUAGAGGAAGCCGCUCCCAAUCCCUGGGUCAGCCCAGGGCCUUCGCUCUGCCCCGUGCGUCCUCUUCAGCCUGUCCCUAGCGCGUCCGCGUGCCCACGCACACCUCGUCUUCUGCCCCUUCGCCUGGGGGCUCCGGCUCGGCAGGGCCCUUCCUGGCCCUUUCCUUGGCUCCCCAGCGCCAAGCUUCCGCUUGCCAGAGACGCUCCGCGUGCCAGCCCCCUCAAACGGGGGAAGCCAUACCGAAAGAAAACCCAAGAAGCACACGGCGAAGAAGCGACUGGACUGCUGUUCAGUGGAGAGCGUGCGGGGAGGGUCUUGGUGGCAAGUGGGCGUGGGCACCACGCUUGCCAGGGCGGCCGAGAGAGGGUCUGGAGCUGUCCGGGCGGGCGUGGGGCUGGACCCCUAGGAAAAAAAGGCCCCAAGAGCUCGCGCCGCCCGCGCACGCUUUUGCGCCGCCUGCCUGCGCGCGGGGCUCUGCGCUGCUGUCCGGGCCAAUCCCUCCCCCAGGCCACCGCAAGCCCGGGUCCCUCUCCGGUCCGCUCCCGGCCCGGGGACACACCACGCCCCCUCCCUGACCACCCCAACACGCCUCGCCCGCUCGCGCGCCCCAACAGCGCCUGGCCAUUCAGACGGCAGCCGGCACUCGGGCCCGCAACACACCAACGGGCUGGCCGGACCGCCCGCCCCUUCUUCCAAACUGCCCCGGCCCCGGCCCCGGCCCAAGACACGCCGAUGCUGCCUGCACCCCAAGCUCGCCAUCUAGGCUGGCCAGGGCCCAGCGCGCAGCGCUCAGCAGGGAGCGCGGAGCCUGCCCCCGCGUGCCGGGCCAGCGGUCCCGGCGCUCUCUCAAGCUCUCCUCUGCGGGCCGCGCCACGCCCGGGUCCCACUCCCGCGCGAGCCACACGCUGCUCGUCCCCAGCUCUGGCACUUCCCGGUGCAACUUCUUGCCCGCCUGUGCAACGCUCUGCCUGCUCCGGGGAGCCUCCUGCCUCCUUUGGCUUCCUCCAAGGGCCACCGAAGAGCCCACCUUCCUCUAGAGGAAGCCGCUCCCAAUCCCUGGGUCAGCCCAGGGCCUUCGCUCUGCCCCGUGCGUCCUCUUCAGCCUGUCCCUAG